AUGCCUGAUAUUCCCAACUUCCCCAACAUAUCAUCAGACAACUACUUUGAAGGCUCUUACAAAUUCCAGGAGCCCACCCACGCCGAACAUGCUCUGGACAACAUUUACAAGAUGGAAAUGAUAUCUGCCGAGCACGAGAGUAUCAAAAGGCUGCCACGGGAUGGUGUUCAAGACAGCGACGAUGAGGGCGAUGAUGGCUCAUCACCCCGUGAACCUGAUACAACAGAUGAAGACUGGAGGCUGCUGAAAGCGGCUAAAAAAGCCCAACAGAAAGCGCAGAAAAUCAACAACGAGCAAGUCUCCAAGUUCCAAGCCCAGCUCAAUGACACCGAAAAGAAAAUUACGGAAGGCUUCAAUAAUGCAACCAAUAAAGAAGACCUUGAAAUUUACAGGAAUAAACUCAGCAAAAAGCUGAGUGAGCUGCGGCAGCGAACAAAAAAGAGUGAAAAUAUACAAGCGUUGCUUCGUCGGAUGGGUCGUUGCCCAUAUGACUAUGAAUGGACAAAAGUCGCUGGUGGUGGCGCCCCUGUGUACCACAUGGCCAAUCCCCGCUAUAGCUCCUACAGGGAUCUGGCCAAAAACUAUGAGAGGCGACUGGAUACCCUAUUAGAACAGGGGUAUUUUAAGCCAGUUUUUAUUUAUCAUGUUAUCAUCCUGAAUAUUUUGCCUUUGAUAGGUCUGGUCAUUCCUCGCCGCCGGGGCGGACAAUAUGUUCGAAAGGGCCUUUUCGUAUUCAGCAUUGCAAUUGCAAUCGAAAUUUUACAGAACCGACGAGCGAUAAUCGGAGGAAAUGGCUAUAUGCUUGGGCUGAUUACCGCGUGGUGGUUAGUAUGGACUACCACGUUGUUUGUGUUUACAGACCUUGAACAUGAUUUCAAGCGCAUUGAACGGAAACCUGUCGAUACCAAGUCUGAAAAUGACUCCGAGAUUGAAUCAAGUGCUGUCAGAAAGUCGCUGGACUCGCAUAAUCCAACAUGCACAAAACGGAACAGCAACCUUUAUAUUUGGAGGUCAUAUCCCGAGAAGUUUUGGCAUCGCCUUGAAUGGUCCGCUGGACUGCUCUUCAACCUGAGGGGACCAGAAUGGAACUGGCGGGCUUCCCAUCUUGGUCCUCUCCCACGACCAAUUCACGACCAAUUACAUUCGGGAUUUGUAGACAGAAUCAACGCACAUGAACCAUCCACAUAUCCCAGCGGCAAAUACCGCCUGCGGGUUGCCUUUCGGAAGUUCUUCAUAUCUUACCUUGUGCUGGACAUCUUGAAAGUCAUAAUUUUGAUGCCAGAUCCCUACUUUCGAGGCCUCACUCCAGCCGAAUCACUGUCACCCUUUCCUUUCUUCUACUUCACAAAUCUUACAUUGCAUCCUAUCAUAGCCCAGCUAUGCCAUCGUUUAUACAGCGCUAUAAGUGUGUAUUUUGCUCUUGAGUUCGUGACAUCACUGAAUCCAAUCUUCUUCCUGGGGCUAUCUCUUGCAUUCCCCAACGAGGCUAAGAAGUUGACUGCUGCACCGUUGGGUGCUUCAUGGCUGUAUUCUGAUACGUUCGGGCCAUUCUUCACCCCAGUCCUUGAUGAAGGAUUGGCGGGCUGCUGGGGUCGUUGGUGGCACCAAAUUUUCCGCUACGGAUUUGUAGCUUCAGCGCGGUGGAUCUUAUCCGUGCUUCCGGCCGGUUUGGCUUCUCAUCUACAGGUCCGUCGUGUCACUUAUGUGAUGGUGGCUUUCUGUCUUAGCGGCUUUGUGCAUGCCUGUGGAAGCAUCACCCAGAUUGAAGAUACGUCCCCUGUUUCCGGAACAUUCCUAUUUUUUGCUUUGCAGGGUGUUGCAAUCAUAGCAGAGCAAUUUUUCAAGACAUCGAUCCUUCCAAAAUUGCCCUUUACUGGUACGCCGAGAUGGUUGAGACGAACGGCAAACUUUGUGUUUGUAUUUUGUUGGUUGAUGGUCUCAGGUGGUCUCGUCGCAGAUGACUUUGCGAGGGGUGGCUUAUGGUUGAUGGAGCCUGUUCCAAUUAGUCCACUUCGCGCAUUGGGAUUUGGGCUACAGGGCCAAGGUUGGUGGUGCUGGAAUGAGCCCUGGUUCCGGUACUGGAGCGAUGGUACAUACUGGGGGAGUGGCAUACGAGUGUUAUAG